AUGCACCCAGUCUAUGGAGGGUAUGAAGGCUUUGAUCCUUUGGACGAUGUCGAGGAACCUAUAUUACCACAUGUCGGUUACACUACAGUCGACUCAGCAUGUGACGCCCCCCUCGUAUCUGUUGAUCCUUCUGCAGGUCCACGUCCUGGCACAAUCAGGGAGUACCACCCCAAUAUCCCAAUUGCCAAACCUGGAGGGCAAAACCAUCUUCAACGAAUGGAUGAUGAUGAACACGCUACCAUCCGUCACUCAGAAAAUUUACACUAUCCAUUUGCAUCUAAAUCUGAAUUUGACCUGGCAUGCUGGCUUUCGGGUGGGGCGCUAUCGCAAAAGGAAAUCGAUGCCUUUAUUCACCUUGAACAUACGAAGAAUAUUCCACCCUCUUUCCAUACAUCCAAGGAUCUGCGAGCUCGGAUCGAAGCACUACCUGAGGUCCCUCGAUGGUAUCACCAAGAGAUCAAGGUCGGUUCCCAUAAGACGAAUGCGCCGCUGAUGCUAUAUUGGAGGGAUGGUCUGGAUGUUGUCAAGCAUCUAGUCGCCAAUCCGGUCUUUGCGCCUUGCAUGGAUUUCUGGCCAUACCAAGAAUUCGAAGGUCCAGAUAGUCAGCGAGAUAAGCUUCCUCCGGGCCAUUCGUUCGUUGGUGUGAUUGGUGCUUCAGACAAAACACCUCUAACGAUCGGGACCGGAAACAAGGAGAUGCAUCCCCUGUUGAUCUCGCUUGCCAAUAUCCAUGCGGGUGUUCGCUUAUUGUUGUUUCUACAUCGCAUGAAGGCGACAUCACAUGCGUUCGCUUUGACCGCUUACCUUCCAAUACCCAAGUUUCUGGGAGUCUCGAAGCCCGUUCACGCAAUUUUAUCCGCGCGAGUCUAUCACUUUGCGAUCUCAAUCAUCACGCGUAAUUUGAAGAUUGCCGCUCGUGAUGGCUGCGUCAUGUCAGACCCAAGAGGGGAUCUACGUAUGAUUCAUACCCCUUUGGUUGCCUGGAUAGCUGACUACCCUGAGCAACUCCUCAUUUCAUGUACUGCCUCAAAGCGCUCACCAAUCUCCCUCGCUGUCUCUGCACAAUUUGGGGACCCUCUUCCACAUUCUCCUCGAACUCGCAUCCACACCCUUGAUGCUAUCGAAAGGGCCUGCACUAUUUCUGACCCCUGCGAUAUCGCAUCGUUCUAUAAGACAUGUCAGUCAUUGCAUCUAAAUGGCGUAGUUGAGCCAUACUGGAUGGAUUGGGGCGACGCAUGCCCCUCCCGCUUUUUGACGCCGGAUGCCCUUCACCAAUGGCAUAAAUUUUUCUUCGACCACCCCAUUACCUGGGCCGUCAACAUGAUGGGGGGAGCGCAACUUGAUCGUCGACUGUCGGUUCUUCAACCUCGUGUAGGAGUGCGCCACUGGGCAAACAGUGUUUCCACGCUGAAGCAGCUGACUGGUCGAGAACAUCGAGACCUCGAAAAGCUCCUUCCUGCUGUGAUUGUCGGCGCUGUCCCCAAUGACGUUGCAUGCGCACUACGUGCCAUCACAGAAUUCAUAUUUCAGGCUCAGAAUCUCUUCCUCUACGAAGAAACGUUACACUCCUUGACUGAGGCCUUGCGUGAAUUUCACCACUACAAGGCCUCCAUCAUCGCAGCCGGUGGUCGUCGUGGCAAAAAUGGUCCUCUCAAUCAUUUUCAGAUCCCGAAGCUGGAGUUAAUGCAGCAUGUCGCCCGGAGUACUCGCGCCAUGGGUGCCCCAUAUCAAUGGAGCAGCGACAUCACCGAGCGCUGUCAUAUCACCCAUGUGAAACGGCCUUACCGCAUGACUAACCGUAAGGAUUUUCAUGGUCAGUGCUGCCGCUUCCUUGAUCGACAGGAAAAACUCCAAUUCUUCCAGCUCUACACAGUUCUGAAGUCGCAGCAGGCAAGUUUAAUAUAUGAAAUGUCCAGGGAAGCACAUGCCAUGACCCUCCACUAUCCCGAAGCAACCUGGAUCUCUACUGUUCUGCCUGAUGAGCAGUAUGUCAGUGCUGGCAAACCAAUUGCUUCACUGUUCAUCAAAGAUCGCUCUCGUAUUUCUUCUGACGACUCUGUCGCAAUCCUGCUUACUUGCCGUCCACACUAUCCUCAACUAUCUAUCGAAGAAGCCUCUCAACUUUUUCACAUUCCUGAUCUCCAUCCAGCACUGGGUGAUCUGAUCUCUGGUAGAUCUUACCUCGAGCGCAGUGGAAAACGAGUUUGUCGCCCUAACUGUUCCCUUUCCUUUGAUCGCCUUCGCGUUUGGCAAAAUUUCCGCAUGCAGCGGCGCUCCGUGCAAGAUAACCGUGUUGUUGGCCCUGCUCAAACCAUUCAGGCGCUGCCGCCUAACUCUUCGAUGCCAUUUGGAAGAGGAAAUACCGUCCUUAUUGCUCACGAAAGCGGUGAACUGCUAUCCCCAGCAGCGUCUGAACGUAUGUGUAAUCCUUUCGCUUGUAACUUAGAUUCUCACAAAAUGAUAGCCCCCCGUCUGAACCAGCCUUUCCUUUAUGUCGAAUUCUUCAAUUUCUCUCAUUCAUCAGUCGAUGCCUUCAACGGCCUUCGUCUUGUUACUCCCGCGCCUGUGACUGACAUGUACUUAGUUCAUCGUCGUAUUCGCUCGAACAACACCGCUUUAGGAGACAUAGUACCUCUGGAAAGUGUGCGUCAGGUCAUCCAGCUAAUUCCCAAGUUCGGUCGAGAGGUAUCAGCAGCAAUGAAUUGCGACAAUAGUUUGCAGCUGGCGCGCGAGUUUUAUGUGAAUAACUUCGCAGAUAAAGAGACCUUCCAUGCUAUUCUUAGUUACCAGUAG